AUGACAAGUCUCCGUAAACCCGCAAAAAUUACUAAAACAAUAAUUUUUUAUAACGGGCUAUUUCAUUAUGUCGAGGAUAAUGCUAAUGGAGAAGCUGAUGAUAUGCAGUUUGUAUUAUUUAAAGUUUAUAAUCUGACCAGGUCUUUUGAAGAGUUGCGUAAGGAAAUUAUUGCGUCUGUUGGGGGUGGUGAAUCUACAACUGUAACUUAUAUAGACGAUUUUAAAGAUGAAUCGGAUGAAGCUUAUGUUUCAUUGAACGAAAAUGUCAAGAUUAAAAUUUGUUUUAAAUCACAAAAACACCGAGAUGUAAUUGAACAUCUACGUUCUUCACAAUCAAUAAAGGAUUUAACACAAUAUGGAUUCGCAGAUUGGGUACCACUUGAUAUUAAAUCAUAUAUUAAUAUCGAACGCAAUUCACAAUGUGAAAGACGUGGAAAUAUUCUUACUACGACAAAAUUAAGAUCUUUUGAAGAUGAUAUUGAUCCGAGGUUAUUAGAAAUGAUUAUUGAUGAAAUCUGUGAAAAUAAAAUUGAUUUAGCCUUGGAAAAAUUAUUUCCCGGUCCAAGCAUAAAAAUUUAUCACGAAAUUAAUGAUCAUAUUAUGAUAGCUGUUUUGUUUGAAAUUCAAUAUCAUUUUGAUGAGGAAAUUGGAAGAUUAUUUGUUGAGGUUUUAAAUUCUUUAAUUGAAGAUCGUAAAAUUGAGUCUAGAUCUAACGAAGCCUCAUCGGUGUUUUCUACUUUCGUUUAUCAUUUAUUUACUGUUAUAAGAAAUUUGAUAUAUCUUAAUGAAUUAUAUGGAGAAAUUAAAUUUCCUAGUUGGACUCCAUUUAUUAAUCAUCCAAAACUCAAGGAAAUUAGAGAUAAAACGCUUAUUAGAUAUACUUCUGAAGAAGAAGAUCUUAGAACUAUGGAAAAAGUCAUAAAUGUUGAAGAGUCUUUAAGGAAACUUAACACGAUAGUUAAACAUUUACAAGAUGAGGUUGAAAUUGCACAAUACAGAAUACAUUAUAAUAUCAGAAAAUGGAAGAAUCCUAAGCGAACCUCAAGUGGCUUGUUUUAUGGUUCCAUAGCCGCGAUGCUAACAAUUCCAACCAUGUACCUCUCCAAUAAAAGUGCGGCUCGUGCAGUUUCCUCUAAUCGUCUCAAGAUUUCAUUCGGAUGUUUAUUAACUAUUGUAUUAGGUAUAUGGUCAAAAAAUUCACAUAAUAAUUUUCAUAAAGCAAUCAAUGUUUCAAAACAACUUGAUCCUUUAUUAGCUUCAACGAAACAUAAUAUUGAUCUAUUGGAUAGAUGGUUAGAUGGAAUUGCUGCAGAUGAUAAUUCUAAAAUUAAAGUAAAUGAUUAUGAGUUUAAAGGAAGAAAAGUAAUUCUAAAACAACUAUUUCAUCAAUUCGUUGUUGCUAAUGCUAUUAUUAAAACCAGUUUUAGUAUAGCAUCGUAA